UUCUCUUUGAAUAAAGUUGAGGAUUUGAGGGUCCCGUUCCGCAACAAAUAAAUAUAUGUGUUUAACCUUUCUUUUAAAUUUUCUUUUUAUUAUGUAUUUCCGCGUUAAAUGUGUUUUUGGUGUUAAUGCCAUUAAUGACCUUAGCUAGUGUUCUCUGCUGAUUGAUUGAGAAUAAUCAUUGAGGGCACUCACUAAGUUUUUCUGCGUUAUUUAUAGAUUCCCUGCCAUACAUUCCCAAAUCCCCACGAAAAUGGAAUUCCCAGCCCAAGGUAUCAGCUAAGGCAGAGCAAACAGAAGGAAGAUAGGCUGAUUGACAACUGUGGAGAAUAUCGGGAAAAACUCAUACGGUUAUCUAGCAUGCGUUCAGGCUGAGCACGCAUCUGUUAUAAAAAAACAAAAAAACAUUCUCCUUUAACUAUCACAAAAUAAGGAAGAACACACGUAUUCUAUGGGCAAACCAACAAUGUAAAUCCAUUGUACCAGUUAUAAAAUCAAACCGCUGUUUUCGUUUCUACCACACUUACCUCAACUAACGGAUUUACCUUUGCUUUCUUAACAUCUUGUAUUGGAGAGAUAAGUUAACAGUUAAGAAUGAAGGUGGAACCAUACGAAUGUAGUAUUUCCAUGUGAAUAGAAUACCAAUAUUGCUCUGCGUUACGCAAUUUCAGCAAUCUCUGUGCCUUUUCUUCCGUGUGAGCUCUGUAAAAUGUUUUUGGCCCGCAUUUGUUCAGUGUUAUUUUGUGUCAUGGCGUUCUAUAAAAGCCAAAUAGGAUCUCAAUUUCCCGCCGUCCAAGCAUCCGAAAUUCCGAAGUCAACCCAAAUCAUUUUAGGCUCGUGCAGAAAUGAGUUAAAUGGUAGCACCACUAGACCAGAGAUCCGUCUCCCCUUUAUGGAUAUGUUGGUGCAACAUAAUAACGACCUUUUCGUACUCCACGAACCCGACGAGGAUUUGCUUUUGCUGCUUCAUGUACCACACAUUUUUAAGUUGCACGUGGCCACUGGAGAGCAGCGUUUAGUGUCACUUGGCAACUUAGAGGUGAGGGGUCGUAGCGCCCUCGGAGUAGAAAUCGUGAGCUGGCGGCAUUUGUUCCUACUAGCCGUGGUCCUGGAAGAUCACCUGGUAGUCUUUCAACUAUCCAAGGAACUGUUGCUAUCCAACGAAACCCUUACGCCGUUGACCUUUGAGCCACUGCAGGAGUUCUUGCUGCCGGAGGGAUUUCUUCAGAUCCGCUUUCUGAAACCCAGUCCCGAAAAGAUUAUUUUGCUAGUGACCUCGAAUCAUACCAGUUCAUCCAACAAGUGCAGAACGUUUGAGUGGCUGGACACGUACUUUAAUCCCAUUGAGGAAAUCAAAUUGCCGACCAUCCGCAUUCUCCAAGUAGUAGGUCGUCAGCCGCUCUAUAUAAUUUUUGGGCGAUUUUUAAAGGGCUCCCACUCAAAGCUGGUUCUUACGGUGUACGAAUUGAACGAAAACAACCUUAGCCUGCAACAUCGCCAGGCCUUAACUAUACAGGCUCAUAGCAUUCAGGCGACCAGCUUUCGUGGUCGGAACUGUUUCAUCGCAUGCACUUUCUCAGCUCCUGCUUCCUGUCUCUUCUUCCGCAUGUUCGAUGGCCAAUUCGUGUUAUAUCGAAAGCCCGCUCGCAGGGACUUAAAUUUUCACCGCUUAAGUGCGUCCCAAGAGGGACAGCUUCUAAUCGGAGCACGCUCCAACGGAGAGGUUCUCAUAUUCAGUUCGACCCGUUUGGAUUGCUAUAGUGGAUUUCGAGUACAUGGGGAACCGGAACCGAGUGGCUUAUUCUUCCACAGGAACAAGCGAAACGAGAGCUUCCUACUGCUGGUCUAUCGGAGAUCCUCGGCCGAUCUGAUUCGAACUGUGCAGCUAGGGAGCUUAGAAGACGCUUCCAGCCAAGUAAGCGCCACUCCUGAUGAAGAUUUUAGUCUGGUUCAGCUGCACCGCCACGAGUUCGAAGAGUCCAUUAAUGCACUGCGAGGGCUUUUGCUGCGCCGGCGAUCUUCUCAAGGAGCCCUUAACGAUAUUAUGCAGUCUUUAAAGAGGCGGGUUGACAUUCGCCUCGAGAAAGCGCUUCAUGUUUUAGAAAGAGGUCACGUCAAGCGGCUUCGACUGGCGAACAACCAUCUGCGUACUCCCAAUCAGGUAAAACAACGUCUGGAAGACCUACAGCAGCGAUUCGGAUCACAACUGUCCCCAAGAAGGCCUCGCUCCUUUGGGACAGGAAAUGAGAAUUAUGCCCGGGAAAAAUUAAAUGUCCGACAACUGCGAGUGGGGAACUUAAUUUACCAAGGACCGCUGAUGUCAGGCCACCACUGGAACUCUUCGGGAUCACCUUUGUUAACCAUCAGAGACAGGCGGGUGCUGACCAAGAUACUUAACAAAAAGCAACUUUGGGCCCCUCCUGGUUUCCAGAACAAUAGUGCUUUAGAAAUUGGUCAAGAGGAGCCAAAUGGCAUUGAAUGUGUAGUACGUCAUUUUCAAGUAAAGCAGAUAAAUUCUGUGUCUUGGGAAUCCGUUUUGGACUCUCUUUUCCUGCGCAGCCGAGACAAUUGGAUAAAAGGACAGCUUUUGUUGCAAUCACGAGCGCGUGUUUUUAGUCUACUGACGCCACUUUUCAACGGACUUGUGGUCGAUCGGCUUUUCAACACGCAGCGGGCCCAAGUCAUCAGCUCUAAUAUCUACAUGUCCGCUUUUUUCGCUCCGCGUUUAGAGGCACAGCGAGUGAAUGGCCUUAACUUUGCCCAGGACAUCCUCUUCCGUGGUGACAACGAUAACUGGGUUAAGACUCCUGUUCGCAUAUACCAGAUGAAUGUCUCGGGUCACAUACGGGUGGCCAAUCAAAGCGAAUGGAGGCCGCAGCGGAGACAACUCAGGGAACCGGAGGAGCAACGUCUUCAGCAGUACUAUACGGGUAAGAUUACCAUCCGUGGCUCGCUGACAGUGAGGAAUAUUCAGCGGGAUACGGAAAACUCACUCGCGAUCGUGGGCAACCAACCAUUGGCCAGGACCGAUCUCUCUACCAAGUUUCUUUUGAACGAGACGGUGCAGGUUCUCCCCCAUUUAAUGUUUGAACAAGCCAAAGUCAAUGCUCCAUCACUCACCACCAUUUAUGUUUACGGACACCCUUUCAUGGACCACCUUCUCACCAAAGCACAUCAAAAAAGUCACACAUACCGAAAUCGCACUCUGCACAUUAUAUUUAUGAAUGCUAGCGUCCAAGGCGACAUUAUUUCCAGAAACUACAGCUCCCGUUUAAGGGACACCUCAGAAGACAUAGUGCGGCAUGGGCAGGAAGCCAAUUUGACAGGUCAAAAGCAUUUCCAAGCUCCUCUAUUUAUUAAAUCCCUUCAAACCAAUCGAAUAAAUGGGACGCCAAUAAACAAACUAAUGCUUGCAACUGGCACCUCACAAAACUUUAAUGGAACCAAAAGCUUUGCCCGCUUGGUUGUGGCAGAUGAGCUGCGAGCUCAUAACCACAUCAAUGUCAGUCGCCUGACCGGACUACCCUUGCAGCAGCUCCUUUCCAGCGGUCUUAGUCUGCAACGUCUGGAAUUGACGGGAAAGCCGGACCUAAAAGCACUUUACUUUGGCCGUCUUAAUGGAUUGCUCUUCGAUGACCUGCUGUCUAAGGCUUCGGAGGGCAAUAAACAGCCCCUACUUCUUCACAAGCAACUUCUUAUUAAUGGCAAUGUGCGUUUCCAAAGGCCUCUGCAACUGCAGAGCGUUAAUGGAUUGCAGUGGCAGGAAUACCAAAGUCGUCUGAUAGGACCUGGUACCAAUGCAGAGCUACGUGGUAAAAAGACUUUCAUGGAAAAUGUUCAACUAAACAAAGACUUGAAUACACCCCACAUAAACAAUGUAGAUAUAAGUUUUGUGCUUGAAAACACCUUGCUUCGCAAGACACCACAAAAAGUCAGUGGUCCCUACACUUUCAGAAAAUUGGUGGCUGUUAACGUGAAUGUGUCUCGCUUAAAUGGGGCUUCCAAAAAACUAUUUAUAGACACACGAAAAGAGAUAGAACUUAAAGGUAAUCUCUAUAUGAAGCAGCUUAACAUUAACGGCAAAUUGAAGUGUCCCUUAGGAAACAAGACUUACCUAAGUGAACUUAAGCAGCGAAUGGAGCGAGUGCAGCAACACCCCUGGUUGAACUUGUUGGUCACCGGUGAUGCCCUAUGGAAUAGUGAAGAACAGCCCCAAUCCCAUCUGGCUUACCUGCGGCAGCAUGCUGUGCGUAAAACAGGUAACCAGAGCAUUGCAGGUCAUGUGCUACUGGAAAGGUCCCACCUGAAAAACCUGCAAGCCAAACAGAGUCUGCCUGUUGAACUCAACUUUACCCAUUUGGCCGAAGAUGCCCUCCUCCGCUUCAGUCCAGCCAGCGAAGGCCAGGUUAUAUUGGCUCUUCAAGAACUGCUGGGAUCAGUUAAAGCCAAGAGCCUUCAUCUGGAGCGGGAUGCUCUUUUCGGACUUAUUAAUGGAAUCAAUAUAGGACGACUCAACUCCUCACUCUACAGCGUCUCCACUGCAGAACCUGUUGCAGCGAAGCUCCACUUUUACCAGGCUCCCAAGAUACGCAGACUUCAAAUCGGGAACUCAAAGGUAAAUGGAGCUCCAGUUGAAUAUAUUCACCAGCAGGUUAAAGGGCAGUCCUGGGCAGGUGCGCAAUUCCAGCAGAUUCUCGUCGAGCAAAAUCUCAGUCUGGCAAAUGUGAACGAAAUGAGUUUGGACUACUUUUUGCAGCAUCGCAUACCUCUGAGGGGAGCUGCUUUGGAGGUAUUUGGAUCUCUGAGCUUCGAACAGCUUCAGCUAGGCGGACAGCCACUUCUGCGUUCCAUCAAUGGCAUCCAGCUGGAGAACUUGGUUGUCCGUUAUAGCCACCAUGCACAAAGCAUCUCUGGUGCGAAGACAUUUCACGGAGGCGUAAGGUUGACUGGACCUGGGCAUGUUAUGUAUAUAAACAGCCGUGAUCUUAGCGAAAGUUACAGGGCUACUAUUUUCCGGAACAGGAACUACAACAUCGAUAGUCUGGUCCUGGAUAGAGCCCUUUUUACAGAAAGUCUGGUCUUGGAAGAAAGUCAGAGCCGAUUUCCCAGUCAAUUGCGAACGAUGAAAAGCCAAGGCAAUGCAUUGGAAGAGCUGCAGGAACUUCUUUCGGUGGGUAAUAACAGCCACAGACGUCUGCUUUAUCUUGAAUAUGAUACUAAAAGCCUAGAACUCACCUGGCUAAAGCCCUCUUUAAAAAAGACUUGGGGGCCCAAACUGAGCUUGACCACGGGCAAAACUGCAUCUUGCCAACGCUGGGGCUUACAGGCCCAGCUUCUGGCCUCUGAAGGUCAUGUGCUCCUUGCAAACGUGAGUAUGCCCAACAAACACAUGGGGCUUGACUCCGUUGGCGUUGAGAUUAAGGUGCAAAACCACUGCCACCGUCCAGCUAGGAGAGUGCGCAGUAGGGUGGGCGUCAGUUGCCGCAACGAAUCACAUACUCUGGGAAUGCAUCAGCCAGUGGCAGCCAUGGAACUAGUGGAAAUGGAGGAAUCGGUGCUCUUGCUCUUGGGCACCGAAGAAGAGGUCCGGGUCUUGCGAUUGAUGAGGAGCAACUGCAGUCUCUCCGAUUGGCAAUCAGUGUUGCCGGCUGACGGUCGCCUAAUGAAAGUGGUUCGAGUGGCGGAGUCUGAAGAGGACUUACUGCUCACCAGUGGUAUGAGCAACCAUCGUCCAGUACUGGCUAUUCAUUUGGCGGAUACCUCAAGCCGCAAAUUCAAGGUGCUGCAGUUGAUUCAGGGCCCCUACGACCUGGCGGAAAUUCAAGAAAACCAACUACUGCUGAGCUGUCUGGGUUGCCGGCUCAUAGCCAUUUUCAAGCGCAACUUAAACCCCAAGGAACCACACUUUGGGGCCACCCAGCAGUUGAGCCUUCAGGAGCGCAUUCAACAACUAACCCCAUUUAAAGUUGGAGAAGAGCAAUUUCUUCUGGUAUUAACCCAACCGGAGGAGGAGCACUUUUUCUUAUUUAGCUAUAAUCAAGUGGCCGGAUGGCAACAACACACUUUUGGCUACAAAAGACAGCACCAGUGGGCGUGGCCUUUGGUGAAACCGGGCCAAAAAUUGCAGGCGGAAGAAUCCCUAAUUUUGCUGCUUUGUGGAAAGGAAGAAAAAUGCGACCUUGUUAAAUCAGUUCUGGGUUAACAGCUGUAUCGUAUUGUUAGCUUUAUAUAAUUACCUUUACUGUAUUUAUGUAUUUCCUUUCAAUAAACAUUCUAUUAUAGUAUUGGAAUUGAGGACCACUCAAAUAUAAUUGUAACAUUUACACUUUUCGUUUAUACGGUUAUCGUAUUGUUAGCUUUAUAUAAUUACCUUUACUGUUUUUAUGUACUUCCUUUCAUUAAACAUUCUAUUAUAGUAUUGGAAUUGAGGACCACUCAAAUAUAAUUGUUACAUUUACA